AUGGCCUCGCCGUCGUCUCCCUACCUCCACCACCCCGCUCAGUAUGGAGGAGCAGCGUACGGGCACCCUGCAGUCGGCGGGAAGGGCCUUCCAAUGCAUGUACCAGCUCAAGCGUACGACCCGUCUUCACCCGCGCCUUCCUCGCCGAGCGUCGCCUCCUCGUCUGCCCGCUGGCCGCAUCAACCGGGACUCGCUGGGGGACCGCCAGACUUGACGGCAGAGCGGUACCGCCUCAAGGCCAAGUACCUCAAGCUUCAGAAGCGCUACUUCAGGAGUAUCGAGAUCCGCAAGGACCUGACGCUCGAGCUGGCGGAGAAGGAGGAAAAGGUUCAGCAGCUUCAGGAUGAGGUCGACUUGAUCCUCGACCAGAUCCACGACUCUGACUACGCCCACCUCCGCCCAAAGCACGACUCGCUCUUCUCGGACGACGAAGACGUAGGGUUCGAGCUGGAUGACGAGGAGGACGAGUCACCGCACGUCAAGGUUGAGAAUGGCGAGGAGACCCUUGAGGGAGACGUCAAGGGGAAGAAGCGGAUGAGACUGCGAGAUUUGGAGGACGAGGAAGACGAGCGGAGGAAGGAGCUUGAGGCGAAAUACGGGAUUGACGGAACGAAGCAAGUGGUCACCGUCGCACCGCCCGAGCCUACCCCUCCUCCACCCGCUCCCAUCCCCGCCGCCGCUCUCCCCGUCCUGCCUCCCAUCCAUCCGGCACCCGCCGCUCAUCCCGCCUCAAUCGCUGCCCCUUCCUCCGCAGCUACGUACGACCAACAACAAGCGCUAGCCCAGGCUGAGCAACCUGCGGCUGCGGCUGCGGCACCGAAACGGUUGAAGCUGACUUUCGGAGGAGGCGGAGGGGCGAGUGCUUCGUUUACUUGA